AAGAAAUUAUGCACGUAAUUUGUUUACAUUCACUUUUUUAUCUCAUAAUGAGGUAAUAUUGGCGGGAACUAAAGAGAAUAGACUGGAAAUGUUCUAUUCUCGUGUAAUUCUGGAAGAUGUCGAAUAAAAAUUAUAAUUAUUGAUUCAAAUGGUCUGUGAUAAUGAAGAAAAUAAAAACAACGAAUACAUCAGCCAAGCAAAAGGCCAUAAAAAGAGACGUUGCAAAUAAUAAAAAAAUAUCUUCUUUCUUCACAAAAAAACCAUCUGAUUCAGUAAAUAACAAAAAUAAAUCUAUCGAGACAAAUGAUUCGAAAAAUAAGAGAAAAAUUGACGAUUUAGGGGAGAAAUCAAUUUUGGAGCAUUCGUCAAAACAGAGAAAAAUUGAGAAUGACACGAAAAUACGAGAAAAAAUUAAGGAUCAUUCAAAAAGUGAUUGUUCCACGAAAAAAGGGGGAAAAAAUAUAAAAAUUUCAUCACCGAAAAAAAUGAAAAUUACAAAAAGUGCUGCAAACGAAUCUACUUCUACAAUAGAUGCAAAUAAUUCAAAUUUACCACUAAAUAAUGUAUUAAAGGAGAAAAUAAUCAGCGAUGAGGAUUCUGGUGUUGCAUCGAAAUUAUCAAUUGAUGAGAAUUUUAGUGAAAUUUUCCCCGAUCAAUUAAAAGAAAAAUUCACCACUAACGAUGUGAAUAAGGAAAAUAAUUUAGACAGUAAAACCGUCGUGUGUGACAAAAAAUUACCUGUUGAUAAAAUUGAACACAAUUUCGAUUCCUUUGAUUUGGAAAAUGAUUUUUUCGAUGAUAUAUUCAUUGAGGAUUUUGUGCAAAAUGAUCUCAGUCUUGCGGAAUUGACACGUUGUAUUAUAACAAAUGUGACAAAAUCUGGAAGAUUUUUAAAUUUAUCUUUGAAAGAUUCGAUUUCCAAUGAGACGGCUUGUGUCAAAUGUUGUGAUUACUGGUCCAAUUUGGAAGUUGAAAAGGGACAAAUAAUUGUGAUACAAGCUGAAAAAAUUGGCGACGAUUGGAUAGUGGACAACAAUAAUGGUCUCGUAGUAAUGCACCCGGAUAUUUUAAUAUCCGGAACUUCCGUUGUUGGAGGACUUUUUUGCCACAGACAAAGUAUUUUGAAGGAAAAAUUCCGUGGAUUCGAGUCAUUGCCACUUUUUGAGUCCAAUGGCUCCUACAUGACUGUUGGACUUCUCGUACAUAAUAUUCUACAAGAGGUACUGAUGAAAAAAAUUGAAACACUUCCCGCAAUUAUGGAAAUUUACGAAAAAAUUAUUUCAACUUUCGAUGCCAUAAGUUUAAUGUUUCAAUGUAAUAUGACAACAAAACAAUGUCGAGAGAGUGUUGAACCUUAUAUUCCGCAAAUUUACAAUUUUAUUCAACGUUACAUGAAAGGAGUGAAGGAACCGAAUAAUGCAGAUAAAAAUUUCGAAGGUCAAGUCGAGACGAUUCAAGAUAUCGAAGAAAAUAUCUGGCUCCCAAAAUUGGGAUUGAAAGGAAAAAUUGAUGUUUCCGUCGAGGUGAAAAUCAAUUCAAGGAGGAAAAUUAUGCCCCUUGAGUUGAAGACUGGAAAGAGUUCUUUUUCUCCUGAGCACAAGGGUCAAGUGAUUCUUUAUACAAUGAUGAUGUCUAUGAUAGGUCAACAAGUCGACAGUGGACUUCUUCUCUAUCUAAAGGAAAAUGAAAUGAAAGAAAUAAAAGGCAGCAACAAUGAGAGACGAGAUUUAAUAAUGCUUCGCAAUAAUUUGGCACUUUUUCUUGCGAAAAAAACGAAUGUUAAUGUAAAUAAUUUUCAUGAUGUUAAAGAAUUACUAUUGGAUUUGCCUGAACCGAUACAUCAUCAUAGUGCAUGCGGAAAAUGUUCUGUUAAUCAUUUGUGUUCAAUGUAUCUCAUGCAUGAUGAGAAAUUUCGUUUAAAAAGCAGUUCGCAUCCCUUGAAGGAAAUAUCGGAGAAAGUAUUGAAUCACUUGAAACCGGAACAUAUUCAUUAUGUAAUGAAAUGGGUGAAACUCCAUCAAAUUGAAGAAGAGACCUAUAAUCAAAGUUCAUCAAUGAAAGACGUUUGGACAAUGGAACCCUUAAAACGAGAGAAGAAAGGUUCGUGCAUUUGUAAUUUAAAAAUGGUGCAUGUAGUGAAAAUAGGAGAUCACUAUAAACACACUUUCAAAAGAAAUAAAGAACUGGAGGGCGCACUCAACGAUUUCACUAUCUCGGAUAUACAGCAGAGUGAUUUCGUGAUUAUUAAUACUUCAGAGAGAAUUAAUAUAUCCGCUGGAUAUGCUGGCGAAAUAAAUCGCGAUACAAUUACAGUUUUUCUCGACAGAAAUCUCACAUUACGCUAUCCGAAUUUGAUUUUUCACGUUGACAAAUAUUUUUCUGCUAAUAUUUCUCACUACAAUCGAGCGGCCGUUAGUGGACUCUUGAUUAAUGACGAACACUGCAGCCGAUUGAGAAGUAUUGUCAUUGAAAAAAAACCGGCGACUUUUAAGACUCAUUUGCCGAGAAAAAUUGCGCCAAUCAGUGCGCCAAUAUUGGGACGUUUGAAUAAACAACAGCAGCGGGGAAUUUUUAAAAUUUUAACAGCACAAGAGUAUGUAUUGCUGAAGGGUUUCCCGGGAACUGGAAAAACGAGAACUUUAAUUGCAUUGGUGGAAUUAUUGGUAAAAAUUGGAAAAUCAGUUCUUAUCACAGCAAACACACAUAGUGCAGUUGACAAUAUUUUGAUUGGUUUAAUGGAGAAGAAAAUUGAUUUUUUGAGAUUAGGUUCAAGCACAAGAGUUCAUUCGUCACUGUCUGCAUUUACCGAGAAUGUGCUUACUAAAGAUUGCAAAACUCCGGAGGAUCUACGUAAUGCCUAUGAUAGUAAAAAAGUUGUAGGCGUUACUUGUCUCGGUGCGUACCACAAACUUUUCGAGUCAAGGAAAUUCGACAUGUGUCUCGUCGAUGAAAGUACGCAAGCUCAGCAGUGUGCGGUCUUGAAACCGCUUUACAAUUCAACGAAAUUUGUUCUUGUUGGCGAUCCCGAACAAUUACCUCCAAUUGCGAAAAGUCAAGUCGGAAGAGAACUCGGCUUUAGUGAAUCUCUGUUUAAGAGACUCGAUAGUGAAAAUAAUACCGUAGUGUUAUUUGUUCAAUAUCGAAUGAAUAAGGAAAUUAUGACCCUGGCGAAUAAAAUUACCUACGAAGAUCAAUUGGAAGUUGGCAAUGAGAAUGUAGGGAACGCUACUUUGCACUUCAAAAAUAAUAAGGUUUCGCAGAUUUGGUGGAUCCAAGCAGCUCUCUCCACAAAACUCGAAGAAUCCGUGAUUUUUCUCAACACCUCUGUACCAAAGGAUUUUGAAUCAAAAUUCGAGUAUCUCAAAAAUAAUACCAAACCCUAUAAAAAUCUACUGGAAGCUGCGAUUGUCGAAAGACUCGUCAAUACACUUAAAGAGGCGGGACUAAAUAAUAAAGAUAUUGGCGUCAUUGCACCAUUUCGGGCGCAGGUGAAUUUAGUAGGAAAAGCCGUUUCAAAGGAUGUCGAAGUAAACACUGUAGAUCAGUAUCAAGGACGUGAAAAGAACAUUAUCAUUUACUCGUGUACUGAGAGCUCACCUCAAGGCUGUGCAAAUACAAAGGCAUUUCACAUUCUCGACGAUCACAACCGACUUACUGUCGCUGUCACACGAGCAAAACACAAAUUAAUCAUCAUUGGCGAUCGUCAUAUUUUAACCACAUAUUCACCAUUCGAGAAACUUAUUCGUCACACUCGAUCGGAAAAUAUCAUUGAUUUAUUUCAUUCAAAAUUGUCAGACGAAUUUAACUGGAAGGAAAUGAUUGACACUUUUCAGGAUAAAUUCGAUUUCUAGUAAUUUAUAACAAAAAAUUUUGUUAUAAAACGUAAUUGUAAAAUUAGUUAUUUUGUAUACAAAAGUUAGGUUUAGAAACGAGGCAUUUUUUUUACAAAAAUUUCUUUAUUGAAUGGUAAUUAUUAUACAUGAGUUUUUUUUCUUGUAAAAUAUUUAACGUGUGUAUUUGUCAAUUUUAUUUAUAUUCUGCAUUUUUUUUGUAUCAUUUUGUGCAAACAUUGAAUGUCUGUGUUUAUAUUAUAUUAUAUAUAAUGAAAAGAGUGAUUCUUGACGAAUAAAUAUGAUAAAUAUUUUUACUGCCUUUUUUUAUUACGUCAACUAUAUAUUUGCAGUUUUUUUUCUAUCUUUUCUUUCACACAUCAUGUACAUAAAAAUUCCCAUGUGAACACUUCAUUAAAAUACUAAUUCAUUAAUAACUUUUUCUAUUUCACGUUUGCCGCAGUCCCCGAAGAAUUUGCAUUCAUUUACUGAAUGGCUAACGGAGCUUCGAAAUAAUUCGCAAAGUUUCAAUAAACAAGGGCUUGGAAAUGUUUUCCUGGCAAAAGUUACAGUGUUAUAUGUGUGUCUUUAUAUAUCUAUAUAUUGAGAAGCAAACUUUGUGGCCUCUAAAACUUUUCGUCGAAAAGCAUUUCCCCCUUUGGUGUUUAUUGGAACUUCCCUUCUCGGUUUAUUAUCCUGAAGCUGUUUUGCGAAUUUUCGCUUAUCUUUCAAAAAAAGAAGCGUUCCAUUAAUGAUGGAAUCAUUAAAAAAAAACUAAAAAUUCAUAUCAUUAAUGGAAAAUUGAAAAUUUCAAAAAUUUUAUUUG